ACAGGAGAAAAAAAAAAUCCCCCUUAGGAAAAAAAGAAACAAGUUAUCAUUAAAGAUUGUAACUUCUCCCUUGCUGUGUGCCCUUGGUCAAAUCAGGUACCGACUCUGUGCUACUUUACACGGUUGUCAUGAGUCUGAAACAAUGGAUGCCCAUGAAUAAACGUAAACUGGUGGAGAAUGGGAGCCUCAGAUUUUCAAGUUUGAAAUCUCACUGGGCAAGUCAUGCCGCCUCUUUGAGCCUGAGAAUAUCAUCAAUGUUAAAUAAGGAGAGAAGAGAAAUUUCUCUUCCUCCAGUGAAGGACUUUGGGCAGAGGUGUAACUGGAGGCGCUGGAACUGGGCAGUCGGUAGUUUUGCUUUUCUGGACAAAGAGGUGAUUCAGGUGCUGGCAUGACCGAGUGAGAUGGCACAAGGCUUAAUCAUGCUACUCAGAAUGGCUGGAGGGCAGUAGCGUGAUGUUGGUCUCCCUGGUUCAAGUGAUUCUCGUGCCUCAGCCUCCCAAGUAGCUGGGAUCACAGGUCCUGUACAUCAAAAGGUGAAGCUGGGAUAUAAAGUGCACAGCCUCUGUAAACCAGCCAGAACCAGUCCACGGUCUGUGGUCUCUUAGCUGGAGAAAGUUACUACAAUCAGUCUCUUGUCCAAUCAAAGCUGUAGUUAUGGCUUGUGGAACGGGUGAACUCAUGAGUGAAUUCUCAUGAGAUCUGGUGGUUUAAGAGUGUGGCAUCUCUCUCUCUCUUGCAUCCACUCUCUCCAUGUGACAUACCUGCUCCUGCUUUGCCUUCCACCAUGAUUAUAAGCUUCCCGAAGCCUCACCAGAAGUUGAGCAGAUGCCAGCACCGUGCUUUCUGUACAGCCUGCAGAACUGUUUCCAUUUACUGACUUGCAUUAAAAUUGAAGGAGGAACUCCAUUUCAGAAUGAUGGAUCCCGGUCAUGUCAUUGAUGGCUGCUAAAACCAUUAAAUGAAAAGCUAAUGACACUGAACCCACUGCACACACUACCUAUGAAGGAUUCUUGCCAAGGUAUGCAAACAAAAAGAGGUUGGCUGUAAGCCUAAGCCACUGUGACGAUCUUGUCCAAAGUACCCCACUGUUCUCCAGUGGAUCAUGCUAUGACCCCAAGGCUUCAGGUCUCUAAGGAUCCCUCGGGGUUAACCUCCUCCUGGGAGUAGAACCACUGAGAAGAGCGCUCCGGCAUCCUAGAGAGGAAGCUCGCGAUGCUGGGCGCAAGGCCGACGUAAUGACACACUUCCGUUGACGUAGCAUUUUCCGUUUUUCCCAAGGUGAGUGUUGUGGUUUGUCGCCCAGGAGUCGUUGCUAGGCGCAGGCACUUCAGCUGUAGAGAAGGCUGUCAGCUUCGUCCCUGCUGCCGCAGUGGAGGGAGUCAGGGUGGCCCCUCCGGGUCCGGGGAGCGAAGGCUGCUCGCGGACCCGUCACGCUCUCCCUUGGGUGCCUUCGCUCCCCAACGCCCGCGUCGGAACCUUGGGUAAUGGAGACUGUGGAUAUAGGCGGCUGGAUGGAAAGGACGCUUGUGCUCUUGACACAGCCGAGACCUCAUCUGCAUAUUGGGCCACAGCUGCUUACUGAGCAACUAAGUGCCACUUGCUGCUCUAGAUUCCGGAGAUGCAGCCAUCAAUCUGACAGGGCGUGGGCUCCGCCCCCAGGGAGCUUUCAGCCCAAUGGGAAAGACAAAGCUCCUCAAGGGACAGGAUCGUGCCCCUUCUCUCUCUACUUCAUCUCUUGUGUCACAUGUGACCAGGCAUGAAAUAGAAUUAAAAGCCUCAUGGUAUGGUGUGGACUAAAAAGUACGUAUGUAUACACCACUUAUCCAGUGAGCAUUUACCUUUGCCUCCUAAGAGGGAGUCCAGGUGAUGGCAGCCAUACCUCUGAAAGCUCAAUGCCAGGAGACGGUGACCUUCGAGGAUGUGGCUGUGCACUUCACUAAGACAGAAUGGACUGGCCUUUCUCCUGCUCAGAGGGCCCUGUACAGAAGUGUGAUGUUGGAGAAUUAUGGGAACCUGACUGCUAUGGGGUACCUAGUUCCCAAACCUGCACUGAUCUCACUCCUCGAGGGAGGGGACAUGGCUUGGGGCCUGGAAGCACAGGAUGAUCCCCUGGCAGAGGGGACCAAAAACAUCUGUAAAGAUGCUGAGACCAACACUGACAGCGAGUCCACAUUAACCCAGAACAUUUCUGAAGAAAGAGAUGGGAUGAUGUCACAUGGGCAGCUGAAGAGUGUCCCUCAGAGAACUGACUUCCCAGAAACAUGUGAUGUGGAGAAGUACCAGGACAUCCCCACAGUAAAAAACAUCCGAGGAAAGUUUCCAAGAAUCCACUGUGCAAGGAAACCUUUCAUAUGUGAGGAGUGUGGGAAAUCCUUCAGCUAUUUUUCUUACUAUCUUAGACACCAUAGAAUCCAUUCUAGGGAGAAACCCUUUGUGUGUAAAGAGUGUGGAAAAGCCUUUAAUGGCAAUUCUUCAUUAAUUCGGCACCAGAGGAUUCACACUGGAGAGAAACCCUAUCAGUGUGAGAAGUGUGGGCGAGCCUUUAAUGAUAAUGCAAAUCUGAUCAGGCAUCAGAGAAUCCACAGUGGGGACAGACCCUAUUACUGUAUAGAGUGUGGAAAUAGUUUUACCAGUAGUUCUGAGUUUGUUAUACAUCAUAGAAUCCACACUGGGGAGAAACCCUAUGAGUGUAACGAGUGUGGCAAAGCUUUUGUUGGCAAUUCACCCCUACUUCGGCAUCAGAAAAUCCACACUGGAAAGAAACCCUAUGAGUGUAAUGAGUGUGGCAAAAGCUUUGGAAGGAUUUCCCAUCUAAGCCAACAUCAGCAUAUUCACACAGGGGAAAAGCCUUAUUCUUGUAAAGUAUGUAGACAAGCCUUCAGUUGUCAUACAAAACUAACUCGGCACCAGAGAAUUCACAGUGAGGAGAAGUCCUUUGACUGUGUAGAUUGUGGAAAAGCCUUCAGUGCCCAGGGACAAUUAAAAAGGCAUCUGAGAAUUCAUAUUCAGGAAUCUUCCUAUGUAUGUGAUGAGUGUGGAAAAACCUUCACUAGCAAAAGAAACCUUCAUCAGCAUCAAAGAAUCCAUACUGGAGAGAAACCCUAUGGGUGUAGCAAGUAUGAGAAGGCCUUUAGGACUUCUUCCCAGCUAGGUUAUCUUGAGCAUGUGCACUCUGGAGAGAAGCCUGUGCUGGAUGUUUGUCGUUUUGGCCUCCCGGAAUUUUUUACCCCCUUUUACUGGUAAUAGUACACUCCAGUGAAAUGUACUUUGUGGAUUCUGUCUUCUACUCAGGAAUGGAAUGUGUGACACAGGCCUGGCUCAGCCUCUGAUUAUCCCUCAAGCCACAUUUACUGAUUCACAUGUUAGUAUAUGACCAAAGAUAUUCUAAUUAGAGUUCCAGGACUGCAAGAGCUAAUCAGAAGAAAUACUCUCCUUCCCCACCCCAAUUGGUUUUAACGCUGAGAAGAACUAGAUUCUCACAGAGGCUGAGAAUGAAGUCAACACAGUAAAAAAGGCAUCUGAGAAUUGGAGAGCAGUUAAGGACUGAAGGUAGUGUUUGAACAGCCACAUCAGACCAUGACUGAACCAAAAAAUACAAAUGGGUUUUGAAUUGCAGUAGCCAAUAAAUUCCAUUUUUGUUUGGCCGUUUUUGGCUUUGGCA